AUUGGGAGAUUCUUAGAUUGGUUGUUUGGAGGAAACAAGAAGAUAAACAAAGUGUUUGAAGAGCUUGAUGGUUUUUACCAACAUGUGAUUGAUGAUCACUUAGCAGGAAGUAAAAAAACAGUGGAUUCUACUGCGGAUAUUGUUGCUCUCUUGUUGGAUAUGAUGGAUAAACAAGGAAAUAAUGAUUAUUUCAAGUUCAACAUUGAUAAUAUCAAGGCAGUCCUCAUGGAUGUAUUUCUGGCGGGGGUAGAUACAGGCGCAAUAACCAUGAUUUGGGCAAUGACAGAGCUUGCUAGAAACCCUAGAGUGAUGAAAAAAGCACAAGAAGAGAUCCGAAACACCCUCGGGCUCGAAAGGGAUAGAAUCACUGAAGACGACAUUGACAAAGUUGAUUAUUUGAAGCUCAUAAUCAAGGAAACAUUUAGAUUGCACCCAGCACUUCCUCUUUUGCUCCCAAGAGAAACAAUGUCUCACGUCAAGAUCCAAGGCUAUGAUAUUCCUCCAAAAACGCAAAUCCAACUCAACGUAUGGACGAUCGGACGUGACCCCGAGCGCUGGACCGAUCCUGAAGAUUUUAUUCCUGAGAGGUUUACCAAUUCUUGCGUAGAUUUCAGGGGACAACACUUUGAGCUCGUACCGUUUGGUUCUGGUAGAAGGAUUUGUCCUGGGAUGCCAUUGGCGAUUGCUUCCGUGGAACUAGUGCUGUUGAAUUUUCUUUACUUCUUUGAUUGGAGAUUGCCUGAAGGAAUGAUAAGUGAAGAAGACAUAGAUAUGGGAGAAGCUGGUAAUCUCACCAUUGUCAAGAAAUUACCUCUACUACUUGUGCCUGUUCAACACCAUUGAUGAGACAAAAGCUUGAUGCAUUGUUCCACUCGUUAGUAUCGAUCGGUUCUUUUGUGUAUUUAUAGUCUUCAUUGAAAGUGUACGAUUCUAAAAGCUAAGACUUCCUGAAAUAUAGAUGUAUCAAUGUAUCAAGAUUCAAGAAAUAAUGUAUAAUUAAUAAACAAUGAAAUAUAUAUGUAUCGAGAAACAAUA